GGGCCAGGUAAUUCUACAUACCAGCCAUGGUUUACCUCCUUCACUGCAAUGAAGGGCAGGUUGUCGCUCAACAUGGCGUCCCUUCACGGGUUGUUCAUCAUCUUUCUACACCUCGCGCUACCUAACGCUGCUAGGCUCUCGCUUGGAUACGCUGAAAGAUGAAUGUCGGAUACUUGCUGCUCAGCUUCCUCGUCGCCGUGGUCAGGGCCAGGAGUGUUGCUGAUCUGGUUGGAACUUGGACAACUAAGUCUCGCAGUGUUGUGACAGGCCCGGAUUUCUAUGAUCCUAUCGACGACAAACUGCUCGAACCAAGUCUUACUGGCAUUUCAUAUUCAUUUACUGCUGAUGGAUACUAUGAACAGGCGUACUACCGGGCUGUUGCCAACCCCACAACGCCUUCCUGUCCUAAAGGUAUCAUGCUGUGGCAGCAUGGCAAAUAUGCUGUGAUGCCAGAUGGAUCCAUCAAGAUGACCCCAAUCGCGGUCGAUGGCCGCCAGUUGGUAUCAGAUCCAUGCUCAAAGGACGUGGGCAUGUACACAAGAUACAACCAGACCGAGGCUUUUAGUUCAUUCACAGUCUCCAUAGACUCAUACCACCAUGUCAAACGUUUGGAUCUCAAGGCAUUCGACGAGACCCCAAUGCCUCCAAUGUAUCUUAUUUUUAAACCUCCUCAGAUGUUACCCACGACGACCUUGAACCCGGUCAGCUCGGAGACGGGUAAGAGUAAGCGCCAUAUUGCCCGAGAUAUAGGGUCUCCUGUGGGCAUGGACACUCUGAUUCGGAGCGAUCACAUCGGCGACCCGGACAGAUGGCUAUGGUUUGGUAUUCUGAUGACUGCUAUGGGCGGAAUUGCUUUGAUCUAUUCUUGAUUUUCUAGACUGCAAUGGCUCUUUCAGGUGCAUUAUGCAUUGGCAUUUUGGGAACAUUGGUGUUCGAGAUCUUGACGUACACAAAUCAUCAUAUACUGCAACGGAGAUCCUUGCACGUCACUUGGCGUUGGAGGUCUUCGUCUCAGAGACUGGAAUCAACCUGUCAUUAGUAAUUCUUUCACUGUUCCGCGCCUCAAGGCAGUCCCUGGGUGCCGGAUAAGAGAACAGAGAGAGAGGAAAGGCUA